AUUCAACUUAUUAAGGAUCCUAUACCUCACACUCCCCAGCCAUGAAGUCUUCAUUGAAGGUCUUCAUGAACAAUGUCCUUCUCAGCUAGACUAUGAAUUUCAAGAAAUCCACCCUCGCCAUUUCUUCCAGCUCCAGUCUUCCCGCUUUCCUUUCUUCGCCACAUACCUAUUAUGGCUUAACGUCAUUCCAUAAUCCAAAUACACGAUGGCCUCAAACUCAGGAGCAUAGCUCUGUGCUCUAUCGCCAACGAUGCUAUGCCACAUUGCCUGAUGGGCCGAACAAGCCGAAAAGCUCUUUUCAUGACCAUUCCUGGCCUGUGUCGCAGCACCCAACGCCGUACGAGAUAUUCAAUCAGCACAAGACUGCGCCUUACAAUAAAAUUAAGUAUUAUGAACUAGUUAAGAUUUAUCACCCAGAUCGACACCACCAUGCGGUCAAUAACCCCCUUUCACAUGCUGUCCGAACUGAACGCUACCGCAUGGUCGUUGCCGCAAAUCAGAUUCUAAGCGACCCACAAAAGCGGCGAGCUUACGAUCUAUACGGCGCAGGAUGGGCUGGAAUAAGGAGUAUGGAAAACCUUUACCGGAGCGCCGACAGGUCUUGGCGAGAGAAACCUGGGAAUCCCAGUAUGAACGCCACGUGGGAAGACUGGGAAGAAUGGUACAAGAAAAGGGAUGGAAAGAAGGAAGAGCAACAGCAGCCGGUGUAUAUGUCCAACCAGCUUUUUGCCGGCGCGCUGUGCAUCUUCAUAGUCAUUGGAAGCUUCGGGCAAGCACGACGAGCAAGUACAAACUCGAUGAAUAUUGUAGAGAUGAGAGAUCAGCACCACGCAGCCAUUAGCGAGGAGAUGAACAAGCGGCAGAAUCAACAAGCCUUCCUGAAUAGACAUGAGAGGGUCGAAAACUUCUUGCGACAAAGGAAUGGCUGGGCCGUGGCCGAAUCAACAAGUCCCAAUGGUUCAACAGAUGGUAAAGGCAAAUAGCCAAGGUCCGUCGACUACAUUAUCUAACCAACCCGCAUGAUUGCCUAGGCAUCCAUGAUGGAAGCUAUCAUGAAUUCGUCUACCUAUAACCAUUGGAGGGCUCUGUCGUGGUCAAAUUCCACCACUUACAUAUGUUCCUAACCAUGUAUAUCUAUAAUCAGUAUACUAGUAGGUAUGUAUCUGUGUAUAUAUUGGCUGUCGUUAUAUGUGUAUAUAUUUCGCAUAACUCCUUUAACCAUCACACGAUCAACCUUAUUCUAAAAUAGUAAUGUUGGAACGUUUUUCGUUAUGUUAUUCGAUAUCGUACCUAUCUACCUAGGCAUGUCAUCCUAUUGUCUGCCUGUGAGCAUCUAUUCACUCCCAAACGCAGGCGCCAAAUAAAAC